UACAUAAAUGCCAGCUGGUGUGGUAAAUUUUGGGAAUAAUGGCACAGUGAAAGUUGACUGCCAGCAUUUAUUUAAACAUUCUCAAUUUAGUUUUAUAGCGUCCCAUAUUGACCCUAUUCUUCAAAAAUUAAUUAAGUUAUUUAUUGAAAAAUGGCUGACAACAAGAGUAUUAUCGAGAAACAAAAAGAACAGCUGCAAAGAUAUGAAAAACGAUUGAAAGAUGUCGUCACAGCAUACAAAGGAUUGACGAAGGAGAAAGAGGCCUUAGAGGCCAGCUUGAAGGUCCUGACCACCGAAAAGGGUGGAAAAGGCUCAAAUGAAAAAUCGGCGGCAGAGCAGAAACAGCUAAAAGCGUUGUCGGAAUCGCUGGCCGUAAUAUCAGCCGAGAAAUCUCGAAUGGAAGCUAAUUUCCAAGCCGACAAGAAAAAGCUGCUCAGCGAAGUUGAUCUGCUUCAGACAAGCGUAAAAAGCCUGAUGGAAGCUGAGCAGCAUUUGAAGUAUGAGAAUGAGAGUUUGAAGACAAAAUUAACAUUCGAGAAGCAGGAUCGACUUCAGGAACAGGAAAAUCUGCAUGUCCUUAUCCAGCAAAAACAGGACCAUUAUGAAGAACGAGUGGCUUCUCUUGAGGCAAAACUAACUGAGUUGUCUGUUGUUGUCGGAGAGUACGACCGUCACCGAAACAUGGACCAAAAAGCUAUUCAGCGAUUAAAAGAUCAAAUUUCUGAGCUGGAAAAUCGAGCGCAAGCGUCUGUUCCUAAUCUAGAUAUUGAGAAACAGGACAAGUGCAAAAUUAAAGAUGAUUCUGAGCAAACUGAAGAUUCUGCUGAAAUUCAUGCUUCCUGUCGAGAGCAGUACGAGGCUGCAAUGAGGGAGUUAGAGCAUAUGAAGCAAAUGCAAACAUUUCAGUCCCUCAGGGGCAACAGGCCUGACGAGUCUAAUGCUGAAAUGGAAAAGCUGCGGUCUCAAAACAGAAAUCUUCAAGAGCGCGUCAACAACUUAACAAAGAAACUUAACAACAGUGAAAAUGAAAUUCAUGCUCUGCGUCAAAGCAAAAAGCAGAUUGCUGAGCGGGAACGAGAAAAAUAUUCUACGGAGCUCAGCGCCAUUCGGAAGCAUCAAGACGGACAAAUAACCGAGCUGGAGGAUCAAAUUCGGCAGCUGCGGGAAAGAUCUCUUAAAAUUCUCGAAGAGAAAGACGUGGAAAUCAGCAAACUGAGAAAUGCUCUGAAGAACCUUUCCCCAACAUCAGUGUUGGCUGGAGAAUUGAAUCAAACAGUAGACACGGAGUUGCUGGCAGAAGCAUCAGGUGGAGACGGAGCGCCUCCCCUGUUCCAUUUUUCGCAAGAAAAUGCAAGGAACACGGUGGAGGCCACCAUGCUUCGCAAGCAGAACUUUAAGCUGGAGAGUGAAGUGCGUGAUUUGAGUAGAAAAUUGGCAUCAAUGGAAGUUUCAAGGAAUGACGAAUUUCGAUGUUUGCAGUCAGAAAUUGAAAGGCUGUCACUUGGAAAGUCAAGGGAAGGCGCAAAUUUGGAAUAUUUGAAAAAUGUUGUUCUGCGAUAUUUGACUUGCGUUGACGACAGCAGCAAGCGCCACAUGCUGUCUGCGAUUUGCACCGUCCUGCGCUUUAGCAAAGAGGAAACCAGAACCGUCAACAGAAUUUACAAAAAAUAGCCUAGAACUCUUAUGCUUGGAAAAAUAUUAAAAUAUUCCUGUGUUAUCAGCUGUGAAUUGAUUCUGAUAUAUAAAAAAUUAUUAAAUUUAAUAUUUCAAAAGAUAAUAUACAUAA